AGACUCUUAUUAAAAACAAGAAUUUUAGAACAUCGCAUUUAUGUUAUCUCCGGACUGCUUUUUUCUAUUCCCGAUAAGAUGCAGAGAUUUUUUAGACAGAUAAGAAAUAAAAUUAAUAGUUUAUUCAAUUAAUUAUAUAUUAUACAGUGUUGUUAUGUAUGUUGAACUAUUUUAGCUUUUUUGAUUACAUUUGUAUUAAUUAUAAUUGCACAAAAGCAAACUUGAGAAUUUAAAUAAAAUAUAUUGUUUAUUUUUAUAUAUGCUACUUUUAUAUUUUGUGAUCAAAUUUUAAAUUAAGAUCGAUAAUCAAAAAGGAAAAUUCACUAAAUAGAUGCGGGUUUUAAUAAGUGUACAUGUGCGCGUGCAUGUAUAUAAGUACAGUAAAGACUUCGAAGAUGAGAAUAAGAAAUUAAAUAUUUGUUUAUUGUUGUUUUGCAUAUUUCUUUGAAAUUAACUUCAAUUUACGUUAAAUUUAUAAAUAACGCUCAUCGAUGAUUAUAUGUUAAAAUCUGACAAUAUUAUUAGAAUGUCUUUUAAUGAUUGAUAACCUUAGAAGUGUUGAUCUAAUAUUACAGAUUUAUUAUGAUGUCGUGUACUAAGCAUCGUCAGUUGUUGAUGGUCUUUUGAAAUGAUAAGAUCGUAAUUGUUUUGAUAUAUACUUCCAAUAUCAUAUGGUAAACGAUACGACAGAAAAUAGAGAGAUUGGCUGUAGCUAAUUUUUACAAAGCAAUAUAGUUGCAUAAUACAACUUGUGGUAUACAAAUACCUGAGGCAAAUAUUGAUAUGAUAUUUUUAAUAAUAUUAUUAAGUAGCGGUUUAAUAUUCGUUGCUGCGGCGACUCCUUUGACCGACAAACAGUUUAUAUUACUGGAUUAUAUAAAACCAGAGCAUUACAACAUCAAGCUUGUACCAUAUAAUCAAGAUACUUUCUAUGGCGAAUGCGACGUCAACAUUAAUAUUCUUCAACCAACGCAUAUUAUAAAUUUAUAUUCAGACAUACGAUGUAUACUAAAUAUAGAGUUAACUGAUAAUCCACCACGAUUUCAGCAAUAUGGCGAAGAAAAAGUCAUUUAUAAACCGAUAAAAUAUUUACGUGACAGUAAGACGCAGAUUGCUGAGUUUUCUUUCAAGAAUGAGUUAUCAUCGGGGCGUUACAUCUUGAAUAUGAAAUUUAUCGGUGUUAUAGCUGAUAACGGAGGCUUCAGAAGAUUUUCUUUAGUGGAAAAUAAAUUUAUCGGUGUUAUAGCUGGUAAUGAAGAAACUUUUUCUUUAACGCAAAAUAAAAAUAACAAUGGAGGGUGGAUGGCUGCAACACAUUAUCAGAUAGAUAGUGCCCGACGAUUGUUUCCAUGUUGGGACGAACCGGAAUUAAAAGCAACCUUUGACAUUUCGAUAAUAUAUCCUCGUAAUUACAAAUGGCUUACAAUGGCUUUUUCAAAUAUGCAAACACGAAAAAUAAAAAUACUUGAAAACAAUAUGAUGUCGAUACACUACGAUACUACUCUUGCAAUGUCUACUUCUGUCGUCGGGGCAGUUAUAAUUAAUCGAGCAGAAUUAUUUAUUCUUAAUAUACUUGGAACUGCAACCAACAGAUGGUUGCACAUGUGGAACAGAAAGAUCAUCUCAUAUCUCCUGUUUUAUACACAAGAUAUUGUGGAAAAACUUACGAUGUAUUUGAAAAGCGAAUGGAAAAGAUCACAGAAAAUUUCGAAAAUAGAUCAUGUAGUAAUUCCAGAUUUCUAUGACGAAAACAUGAUGAAUUUAGGGCUUGUUCUAUAUAGAGAAUUGGAUGUUGUGUACAAAGAAACAUUAGAUCCCGUUGGGCGUAAAAUUAAAGUGCUUCGCUUAGUAGUUAGUAAAAUAUUACGAGAAUGGUUUUCAUUUCGGUGGUCACACUCCUGGUUAACCGAGACUUUCAUUACAUUUUUUGGAGCCUAUGUCAUCGAUAAGACUAUCCCAGAUUCUCGAAUAAUGGAUUUAUUCGUGGUACAAAUUCAACAAGAUUGUCUGCAUUUAGACGCUGAGUACAGUAUGUGGCCUCUUAGUUCACAAAUCAACAGUUCUUUUGAAAUUCCUUAUUACAUCAGAGCAUCCGUUAUAUUGCAUAUGUUGCAACACACAAUUGACGAAGAAGCAUUUUGGAAGGGUAUCCGUACAUAUAUAUAUGACGAUACAUAUAAGUGGGGCGCUUCUAACGAUUUCUGGACAGCUAUGCAAACUGCCUUCGAUGAAAUACCAUAUUUUCCAUUUGAAGGAUUUAAUAUAACAAAACAAAUGGAUCCUUGGAUCAAGCACAAGCAUUAUCCCGUCUUGAAGGUAAUACGGAAUUCUGGUGGUUUUCAAAACAUAACACUAGAAAUUCUCAAUACAUCAAAUAAUUGGAGCAUACCUCUAACGUAUACUAUGCAAGCAGAUCUCAAUUUUAAUGAUACCUUACCUGAAAUUUGGUUAAAUAUGUCAGAUGUAGGAAGGCAUGUAUAUAUUUUGGAUAUUGCAAAUAGUAGUUUUGAUAGAGAGCUUAACGAGACUGAAUGGAUAAUAUUCAACGUAAGACAAACUGGAUAUUAUAGGGUCAACUACGAUGCUAAGAACUGGCAAUUAAUUUCGGAUUACCUAGACUCUCCGCAUUUCAUGAACAUACAUGUUCUCAAUCGUGCUCAACUUAUCGAUGACGCAUUUCAUUUAAUGAUAGCACGUCAACUCGAUUCUUCUAUAUUCUGGAACCUCACGAGAUAUUUACACCAAGAGGAAGAUUAUGUGGCAUGGUAUCCUAUGUUCAAAGCUUUGGAACAAAUGUCGAGUGUUUUUCAAUUACAGGAUCCAGAAGUUGAUGCUAUUAAGGAUUUUGCCAUGGUGGAGAGAAUGGACUUAUUGUAAUGGUUUAGCAGUGUCAAACUCUACUUGGUGGAAUAUUUACGAUUCGUGGCAAAGAAACUAUGAUAACAGACUCUUCAAAUUAUUGGCUUGCACUGAACCUGAUACUAUCAUAAAUUAUUUGACUCUAAUAAUAGAUAUAGUUAUAA